UCUCAAAAGCCCUCAAACUUGCUUGGUGAGGCUAAAAUGUCUAGGAUCAUGGGUUUGGAGACACUUCCAAAGAUUCCAAUGGUAGAUUUCUCCAAGGAAAAUUUGAAGCCUGGUACAGAUUCUUGGCUCCCAGCUUGCAAUGCUGUCCGACAUGCACUUGAAGAGUAUGGCUGUUUCAUGGCAGUCUAUGAUCAAGUUCCCUUAGGAGUGCACAACACAAUCUUUGGUGCGAUGAGAGAAUUGUUCGAUCUCCCAAUAGAAACUAAGAAACAAAAUAUUAGUGAGAAGCCUUACCAAGGUUACACGUCAGAAUCCCCUGCUUCUCCUCUUCAUCAAGGCUUGGGCAUCGAUAAUGUAACAACUAAUCUGGAAGAAAUCCGACGGUUCGCAAAGAUCAUGUGGCCUGCAGGAAAUGAGAAUUUCUGUCAAAGUGUGCAUUGCUAUUCAAAGCUAGUCGCUGAAUUAGAUCGGAUGGUGGUGAGAAUGGUGUUAGAAAGCUAUGGUAUAGAGAAUGGCUCUCAUAUUGAAUCAGCCUCUUUCCUUGUUCGGCUCUUGAAAUCUCGAGUCCCAAAGAUGAAUGAGACUAACAAGGCUUUUCCCUCUCAUUCCGAUAAAAGUUUCAUAAGCAUACUUCAUCAAAAUAAAGUCAAUGGUUUGGAGAUACAAACAAAGGACGGCAAGUGGAUUAGCCAUGAGCCCCCCUCACUCCAAGUCUUUUUAGUCAUGGCAGGCGAAGUAUUAACGGCAUGGAGCAAUGGCAGAAUACAUCCUGCUAGACAUCGAGUGGUUGUGAAGGGAAAUGAAGCAAGAUACGCACUCGGGCUGUUCUCAACCAUCAAUGGGAUGAUAAAGGUACCAGAAGAGCUAGUCGAUGACCACCACCCAUUACAGUUCAAGCCAUUUGAUCAUACUGGACUUCUUCAUUUUCUUGGCACAAAAGAAGGCCGAAAUCCUGAGACUGCUCUCAAAGCCUACUGUGGCCUUUAAGAUUUCGUUGAUCUAAAGAAGCUCUAUGUUAUGUAGAUAUACUGUGUGUGAUUUCAUGGUUUGGUUUCUAGGUGCCAUCUCAGGGCUUUCUACUACUUCUGCUCUCUGACAAUGGGUAUGUUUCACUCUCUUUUGUUUCUUCGAAGGUAUGAAUAAGGAUGUCAUCAAGAGGGGACUUCUCAGAACCCUAAUAAUGACUUUUAUUGGCUUAUACAUUUCCUACACUUUUGUGCUUUUGUAUUGAAUUC